AGGCAACCCUUCGAUCCACCUCGGGGUAGGGAGUGGAGGUGGGGCUCACGGGAACCCGAAUUCGUGGAAAGGUCCCCUGGAUAUGGGAGGGGCCGGACUCGGAGUCAGGGACAAGGAGACCUGGAGCGCAGAGACCACAGGGACCCGGUUAAAGACUGUACCUCAGGGAACAAAACUGGGAAGACUAAUUAGGGCAGAUCGCCCCAGGGAACCAGGACGCGGGGACUGGAGGGCGCGUUGCGGGAAACUCGAGCUCCCAGAGAUCAGGCCCACGGCAACGGUCCGUGGUGGUUCUGGACUCGGUCCACGAAGUUAGGGGCGUGCACGGUGGCAUUCCCACGUUCGCUGUGUGGUGUGGUGUGUCCACGUGUGCAAGCUCAGAAGGGGAGGGGAGUGCAGAAGACGUGACAAAGACGGACUUUGUGUCUGAGUGUGUGCCUCACUCCAGCCCGGAGCAGGGAACUGUGAGGGGCAUGUGUCUCCUGGGAAAGCCAGGACGAAGGUGACAAAAGGCUGAGUGUCCGCCACGGGGAGCCGUGCCAAGGUAGCCUCCGCGCGCCUGUCGAUGCGUGCGAUCGCUGGGGAGAUGCGGGCAGAGGAUAGCCGACCCACGAGGGCUGUGCUGGGCUGCAUCCCGAAGAACCGCUUUGCAGAGAGAAAAGCGAGUCCAGAAAAGUGAGUGCGCGUGAGUGCGCGCGCGCCCGCGUGCGGGGGGCGUGUCAGUAAACAGCAACAACCCAGACGCCAGCUUGGCCAGAAACUCUGAUCUCCCUUCCCAACCGGAAAGUGCAAGUCGGCCGAGCCUGGAGGUGAGUCGGAGGGGGCAGGGCAGGGCCCGGCGGGCUUUGUUCCCGGGGAAGCGGAUCGCACGUACCUGGAGCGCUGCUGGCGCCCGAUAAGCGCCCGGAAUGGAGGUGAUGUCACGGUGAUACAGCCCGGCCUACCCUCGCGGAGAGAGAGACGAGCGGUGCGCAGGGGCAGGCCGGCGGGAGAGCGAGCCACCGAGCGCGCUCAGCUCAGCCGGGGUCCCCCGGAGUCAGGCCCUGCGCCCUGCACCCCUGCCCGGGCCCCGUCACCCCAGCCCGGGCCAAGCCUGGACCCACGCCCUCUGCAGAGCCCCUCCCGUCCCCGCCCGCACUCCGCCCGGGGCCGAAGUUGGCUCCGAAAGCCUUGCCGGGAGUCGGGCUGGCUGUGCGUCCCAGGGACCCAGCUGAAGCCUGGCCUGGGAGCCAGGAUGGCCCCCCACAAAGCCUUGCUGAUGUGCCUAGGACUGCCUCUCUUCCUCUUCCCAGGGGCCUGGGCCCAGAACCACGCCCCACCUGGGUGCAGCCCAGACCUGGACCCCCUCUACUACAACCUAUGUGACCGUUCUGGGGCAUGGGGCAUCAUCUUGGAGGCAGUGGCCGGCGCGGGCAUCAUCACUACAUUUGUGCUCACCAUCAUCCUUGUGGCCAGCCUCCCGUUUGUGCAGGACACCAAGAAGCGGAGUCUCCUGGGGACCCAGGUGUUCUUUCUGCUGGGCACCCUGGGCCUCUUCUGCCUGGUAUUUGCCUGCGUGGUGAAGCCCGACUUCUCUACCUGUGCCUCUCGGCGCUUCCUCUUUGGGGUCCUGUUUGCCAUCUGCUUCUCCUGCCUGGUGGCCCACGUCUUUGCCCUCAACUUUCUGGCCCGAAAGAACCACGGGCCCCAGGGCUGGGUGAUCUUCACCGUGGCUCUGCUACUGACCCUAGUGGAGGUUAUUAUCAACACGGAGUGGCUGAUCAUCACCCUGGUGCGGGGAGGUGGCGAUGUUGGCUCUCUAGGCAACGGCAGCACUGGCUGGACCAUGGCCUCCCCUUGUGCCAUCGCCAACAUGGACUUUGUCAUGGCGCUCAUCUACGUGAUGCUGCUGCUGCUGGGGGCCUUCCUGGGGGCCUGGCCCACCCUGUGUGGCCGCUUUAAGCGCUGGCGGAAACAUGGGGUCUUUGUGCUGCUCAGCACAGCCAUCUCCAUCGCCAUCUGGGUGGUGUGGAUUGUCAUGUACACUUACGGCAAUAAGCAGCACCACAGCCCCACCUGGGAUGACCCCACGUUGGCCAUUGCCCUUGCUGCCAAUGCCUGGGCCUUUGUCCUCUUCUACGUCAUCCCUGAAGUCUCUCUGGUGACCAAGCCCAGCCCAGAGCAGAGCUACCAGGGGGACAUGUACCCCACCCGGGGUGUGGGCUACGAGACCAUCCUGAAAGAGCAGACAGGCCAGAGCAUGUUUGUAGAAAACAAAGCAUUUUCCAUGGAUGAACCAGCCUCAGCAAAGAGACCUGUGUCACCUUACAGCGGCUAUAAUGGGCAGCUGCUGACCAGUGUGUACCAGCCCACCGAGAUGGCUCUGAUGCACAAAGGCCCGUCCGAAGGUGCUUACGAUGUCAUCCUCCCACGGGCAACCGCCAACAGCCAGGUGAUGGGCAGUGCCAACUCGACUCUGCGAGCUGAAGACAUGUACGUGGCCCAGAGCCAGCAAGUGGCCACACCACCGAAAGAUGGCAAGAAUUCUCAGGGCAUUCUGCCACCUUCUGGACUGCGGAAGGACACGGCUACGGACAGAGCUCAGCCUGGACAGGCUGUUUCCCUUCAUGGUCUGAGGGUCCCACGUCUCAGCCCCUUUGUGUGGUGUCCUGGACUGAGCCUUUCCCACCCUCAGUGAACUGUGUCUCACCAUCAGGGAUGGGAACUGAAACACUAGUCUCAACUGGGGAAACCAUCAUCCAGCACUGCCACACGGAGAACCCCACAGAGGAGUUGAGUCGGUAGGCCACAGUGGUAUUUGGGCCUUUGUACCUUUUAUGUACCUCAGGUAACCCCCUGGCCUCUAUUCCCCUCUUUGCUUUUGGUUUCUGUACCAGUUCCCAUGAUGGCUCCUAGGACAGGUGCAGAUGUAGAUGUCCCUGAAUUACCCAAAUCUCACAGGCUCUAGUGGUGCAGGGGCCCUGCUGGGGUUACCUGGACAUACAUGGUUAGGGUCUGGGAGCACCCUUAGGAGACAGGGGUAGUCAGGGUUCUGUUCUCAGGGAACCAGGUAAGUUGAGCCUCUCCUGUGUCAGACUGGUGGGAUGUGGGGACCCCUUAGGUGAGUGGGGUCCAGGAUUGAAGAUUAUGCUGAUGGGCGAAUGUCACUUAAGUCUCUACCUCAGCUUCAGCAACAGACGUCCUUGGGACCCCUGGACAUGCUAUGCUUUAAGGACAUGCACCCGAGGGACCUGAUGACCACCCAGGGAAGAACUUGGGCCUGUGUGCCAUUGGUACCAGAGACUGAGAUGAACAUAGCGCCAGACUCAUAGCUCUGAGGGCCUUUGUCCUGUCAUUGGGUACCAGACACAGCUGGUUCUGCCAAGAGCCCACCCCAAGGUUACCCUGGGGGCCAGCCUUCCACCAGUAGCACUGGGAGCCAAGGUGGAGGGUAAGGAUGAAUGCCUUUCCAGGAAGGCACCCUAUGGUUAGCCUGUAGCUCUCAGUGCUGUUCCCAGGAGCCUGUGCCUUUUGUCACUGGGUGAAAAAUCCACAGAGUAGGAUUCAUCUCCAAAUGUGACCUUUCCUGUGACCUCUCCAUUAAAUGAGGUUGUUUUAGUCCAUGAGUCAGGUAAUAUUUCCCCCAGGGAAGUUGGGGGGGGGGGCUCCAUGUACUUCACACUGCUCCUUAUCUAGGAUAGCAGAAGCCCCAAGAUCCCUUACAAGUGAGCUUCCUGUCCUAGGUGACAGUCUCUCAGGAGCCGUUGGGAGCCACACCAGGUGGCUGGGUAUGCAACCUUUGGUAGACAUGUCCGUAUAGGUGACGCUGAGAAGUGAUGAGCUCCUGGAAGAUGCAGGCCUUCUGGGAUGCAGGAAUACUCAGGAUCAUCCUGCAGUUUCCAGUUGAGGUCCAGUGGAAAAGAUCAUACAUUGUUAGGGUGGUGGUGGUGGUUCCUAGUUAACAGAGCUCUAUCACACACAAGCCUUGAAUAGGAGAAAAUAAGUAGGCAGAGCCUGGUACAAGGUCAUCAUCCUCAGGCCAGUUCCUUGGUAGAUGUCAAACCGACACUGGUAAAUCCUACAGGUGGAAGUAAACAGAGUUUUGACUUUAUAACUGUUCAGAAUUAAAAUGACCUCCCUCACUUGGUGAGGGCUUACUGCCUCUGUA